ACUCAAUUCCAAGCGAAUCUGAAACAACUUUCUGAGUUUUUACGUAAGAAAGUAGCUCUUGUGUAUUGUCUUUUCACUUUGAUGAGUAGCAGUAAGCUAGCAACACCAUACAACCUACUUGCACCUUCACUAUAGGUAGUGGCCCACUCCUUUCUUUCCCUUUGUCUUUCUGAUUUGAAAAUUGUUCUUGAAGAGAGAAAAAAUGAGCCAAUUCUUCAACCUGGUUGCUCCUUGUUUCUCCGAAACACAUGCGUUGCCUCACGGCGGGAGCAUCAGAAGAUCGCAGAACAUUGAGCAUGGACAACGGCAGCCGUCGUGUAGAAAAAACGCAGCGCCGGGGCCAGGUUGUAAGAAGCAUCCUCUGCAGCUCGUCGCAACGCCAAUGCGGCUGGCGAGUCAUGCCCAUGCGAUGGUGAUUCGCUGUCGCAGGUGACGAACGAUAUCGCCAGCAGCUCUGAUGUAUUAAUUGAAUUCAAAUGUGUCUGGGUCUUGAAGAGCGCAUGGUUUGUCAUGCUCGGCUAAAAUGACUCUCAAGUCGAAGUCUGUCAUGCGCGUUACUUCAAGUAAGUACCUAAACGCCGGCGCCGCAGCUCUCUGUCAGUCAUGCAUAAACGCAGUUUGAUGCCAUUGCCAUGCGGAAUAGGCAACACCUGGCAAUUCCAACUCGUGGCCGGGCGUGAAGGCGUCCUCAUGACUGUCCAACCUGCAUCACAAGUUUCCAGACCCAGACAUGUUUGCAUUCGAUAUGAUGCCGGAGCUCUUCCCCGCGCAAGAACAGCAGAACCAACACGCAGCGCACUGGCACGGCUGUACAAGUUCAUCAAUUUCCCCUCACCAGACAGGAGUCGUACCCCUAUUUGUAGUCCCCCCAUCUUCGAGCAACGAUCCAAGUGCAAACCUGCACCAGGUUCCGCCCAGCAGCAACAUGAUGCUUCCCGCAGGAGCUGCAGCUACGAGCAGCCCGCAGCUGGGCGCGCAGAACACGAGCUGCAUGCAGCUUGCGGACGCGCAGAACUUACCGUUGCGCGACGUUCUUCUUGGUUCCGUUUCUGGUGUGAACCAGAGCCUGCGGCAGUACUGUAACCAAAUCUUAAAGCAAAAGGAGGAAACCGACGCCCAAUUUUGCCUGCAGCUCCUCGAAAUUUACCACCUGGAGAAGACCGACUACACAUUGAAGUUCCUUGCCUUGACGGGGUGUAAAAAUGUGUUGCUGCGAAAUUGGGGGUACCGUGGACCCGCGCCGUCCGCGCGGACGCAAGCAGGGAUAACGUCGCGGCAAGUCGUAUGGCGUUCUCAAAUGUUACAUUCUCAACUGUUACAUGAAUUUGUAAUGCAAGAACGGCAAAAGUGAAAGCAAAGGGGGAAGAUUGCGCCUUUUGCAUUACAGAUUUGGCGCAGAUUUAGCUGCUGUCUGUCCCUUCGGAGAUUUGUCACGCGAAGCAGCUUAAUCGUGGCGAUCUUGCUGGUAAAUUAGCAUGACAAAUCAUGUAACAGUUGAGAAUGUAACGUUUGAGAACGCCAUAAGUCGGGCCCAGUUUGAUGACUGCGAGCGGCAAGGACCCGAGAAAUCCGAUGUCCUCAGGCAGCUGUACUGUUGGCGCCAACACAGGAGGAGCGCCGCCGGGAACUGAACAACACAAAUUUCCCCCGGCGAUGAACGGUUCCACUGGCACCACCCCGGGUGGAACUACAAACACUGCGCAGCAAAUCUACUUUCCCCCGGAACUGAAGGCCAGGAUCAAAGCGAUGGUGUUGCAGGUGUUUGAACGGGAUGUCGGUGCUCUAUGUGCUGCCGAGAACGAUCACAUGCAGCAGCUCCCGGUGGACCGGAAGCGGUGCAUUGACACGCUGAUCAUUCUUGUCAGGAAAAUCUCGCGGUUUUCCUUUCCGAAGGACUACCCGGAGCUGCCGGUGUUCUUCAACAAUUUUUUUCAAAAUUUCCUGGGCCAAACCGCGGAGCAGACGAAAGCGUCACAGCUCCCAGAUAUCGUGGUCAACGCACGGCGGCUGGUCUGCAACAAGCAACCGCUACCGAAUCUGAAGCAGAUCAACGAGGCCAUCCCGAUUUUUCUGGUCGUGCAGCUGUUCUUUUGCGUGUUGAAGGAGCAAUCUCUGAAAAUGCUACUCGCAGAUAAGUCCGCGUUUCACAAGGUGGGUCAGGAGCUUCUGCAUAUGUUCGGGAACUUUUUCAUCGCAGCUUCGCGCGCGGUCAGGCUGCUGCUCGACUCGCCGCUGAAUUUGAAAACUUUGGCAGACAGCAGCUCGACAAACGCGAUGCCCGACCCGCGGUGGCACUUUCCGGACGCCGACCCGCGGGACCAAGCCACCGCAUUGCAAUAUUUGAGCCAGCUUGGCAUCGGGGCACCUCCUCUGGGCGUGGCCGGGGGUCCGACAGGAGGAGCUGCAGGCGCCGCGCCACCAAUAUUAGGCUCGUCCUCUCGACCAGAACUUUCGCAGCCGGAUCGCGAGAGGUUGUGGAAGCUUCGAAAAUACUUGAGUGGCAGCAUGAUGAUUUUACUGGAGAAGGGCUUCGUUCACUUGACUGAUUUAGUUGAGAAGGACCCACAACUGUUCAUUUUCUUUCGCGACGAGUUGGGGCACAGGCUGAUCGGCCUUCACUUAACCAACGUCCGCUACCAGCUGAACUUCGAUCUGGCGAACCUGAUUCCGUUCCUGCACUGCCUCAAGGGCUUCCUGAAGCGGUGGGGCGGUUUGCUGAAGCAGCACCCCUUGGCCCUGAUGGAAGCCGACGUAGCGAGGUGUCUGGAAUUGAACGUCAAAGUGCUGGAGGUCGUGUAUCAAGAACUGCAUCCGGUAGUUGAUGUCAACGGCACCGCCACAUCAAACACCACUACAUCUUCACCUGCCCCUUCGUUGGCAAACGGGGCAAAUACAACUGGGAUCCAGGUUGCAACGAAUGAAGUUGUAGCCACUAGAAGUACAACCCCGAUGACGCAGAUUCUUGUUCUGAAAAACCUCCCGGGUGGACAAGAUGACUACUUCCGCCUGCUCUCCCUGCUCCUCACCGUUGCCCGCCGCGCAGUGGAGGGCAUGGAGAUAUCGUGAGGAAAAAUUCCCCCUCCCCAUAUCGAAAAGGUACGCCGCAGAAAAUUUGCAAUGCUGAUUUGCGACCACAGAUCAUCUCUGUCUUGCAAGAAGGCAACUCCACAGGCUCCGGCGCAUUAUGGAGACGGUUUGUGAUGCUGUUGCACCUACAGCGUCGACGUUUCUCAUGCUAAGCGCCUAGGCCAAAACCUGUCUACUCAGGCUUGCAGGUAGAUGAGUUGUCGCAUAGGAUGAAUUGCACCCAAAUACGUAUUAAGAAUCCAGCAGACCUUACAUCGUAUCGUAUUACGAAACCCCGAAGACAGCGAGCAAAGCAUUUCAGCAGCUAGUUUCUUCAAAAGCGAAAAUGGCGGACCUUGUGUCGUAUUUGCCCAAAAACGGAGGCAAUAGCGGAGCAGCUGAAUUGUCACAAAGCGAAGCAAUUCAGCGCAGAAAGACAAAGCAGCCUAUCUCGGUCGAUCGGGAAUAUACGGCGUAUUUCCCGGCAAAAGCCAGCGUGCGACAAGUUUUACAGGCGCCCUCGAUAGAAGCGCUCGUCUACCAAGGCCGGUAACGCGGGAAGCCUGCGCGGGCGCUAGGCCUGUGGCGCGACGGGCAGUGUGCGUGCGUGCCGACGUUUUCCGCAUAGCAGUAGCACUGCUUUAAAGCAAAAGCGAAAAUAGGCAGCGCGCGCGCCCUAAUUUUGCAUGCGCGGCAGCAUGCGAAAGAGGGCCCGGGGGGGGGGCGGGGGGGGAAGGCCGCGCGCAAGCGUUAUGGGUUAUGCCAGGCGCGAGGCGUGCCGAAAUAGUUAGACCGGGAAGCUUGCGGCAAUUUGCUCGGAACGCUGCCCCGUCACACGCGCAACCAUGGGAAUGGUCCAUGCCCAGGGCCCGGGAGAGCAUUCCUUGGCAAGACCCUCGCAAACUGGCUGCGGUAGAACACAGCGCGUGCAGCUUUUACCCGUUGCGCCAUGCUUUGGGCCCCGAACAAUCAAGCCUGCGCGGAUCACAUGAUAAUCAUGUGAGUAAUCACGUGAUCAUCACAUGAUUUUUGCGGUCCAUAAGCCAUUUUGAGUUGUUUUCGUCAUGAUUAUCACGUGAUGACAACCCCGGAAAGGCGACUGCUAAAGUUGCAAGAUAUGACGCGCCCCCCGUCAUACGUCAAACCCAAAGCGGCGAAACAGUAAGGAUUCACGAAGAAAACGUAGCAAAGACGAAAGUCGAACGUAUGAGCUAUAUUGUGACAAUUCAGAUCGCGCCAGGAACUGCGCAAAAAAAAGUCAAAAAAGCAACUCAGCAUAGGACAACCCAGAUUACUGCAGGCUUGACGUGGGCCUGCAGCCCUCUCCAGCAAGACGCAUCUGAUUUGUGUACGCAAAUCCAGCGGCACAGACUUCGUUUCGAUAUGGGGAGGGGGGACUUUUCAUUUUGAUAGGAGAAUCCGGUGCGGAACGGCUGGCGGAACCAGAACCAGAACUGCGCGAAAUUGAAGCACCGCGCGGUAAGCUGCUUCGAUCAGUUCACCAACCACUUCCUGCAGAAGUAUCCAGUUUUUCCCAAACUCUGCAAUCUCGUGGCGCAUUUGUGUUUGAAAAUGAACGUGGUUCUGAACAACGCAUCGACGGACGGAAGCACUGGCAACGAAUGUUCCGAGUUCUCCCCCGCGGUUUUGCUAAAAGACGCCUUGGAGGAGCAGGAUGACCAGCAACUGGAAGACGACCAGCAGCUGCUGACCGGCCCGGCCCAGGCGAGUGAAGUCCGCCAAGCGGGGGAAAAGUUCUUGGCGGCGCUGUGCAUGCACGAGAAUUACCGGCGAAGCUUGUCCACCUGGAUCGAAUCGCUCACCGCGAAGUACACAGGCGGGGCGGCAUCAGCAAGUGCGACGAGCGGUGGGGGCGUUCUUCUUGCGCAACACCAGCCCGGACAACUACACGGCAAUUUCGUCGCGAAUCCUCUAGAGCUUACCAAUAUCGAAGAGUACGACAUGACGUUGUCUGUUCUCUCCGUGUGCCAGUCACUUUUUAAGAAGGUGUCCCAGGACCGGGACUUCCACGAGAAGAACAACAGCUGCACGCCGGUACUCGCGGGGCAACAGCAUCAGCCUGGCGUGGCGGAUGCAGUCAGCAUCAGGUCCCUGGGCCCGAAAACAAGAUCACCUAACAACCCGGAGAGCAACUCGAUGCGCGUAAACUUGAACCGGGAACGGGAAUUCCUCGCCUCGGUGUUUCAGCAGAUCUUGCCAAUAUUGAAACCCGCAAUCUCUUUGUACAAUCAGAAGCCGCCGCAGGAGAUCAUGGGCGACGCGCGCCGGUUCGUGUGGCACGUUGUUUUACCGGUGCGCGUCAGCUACUUUUUCCGUGCCUGGGCAAACGACCUGCCGCCAAACGAAGUGCCGGCGGUGCUGGAGGUUUUGUCGCAGUUCUUGCAGAACGGGUGGUGCAAGCUGAUUCGGGUGAGUAUUCUGUCUCCGUUGGAGGACAUCUACUCGCGACAUUCGGACCACCCGAUCUGGGAACAGAUCCAGGCGGCGCUGUCCGAGGCAUUGGUUCUGCUGUUGAGAGAAGUGACAAAUCCCACCACACAGUGGCGGUGUCUGUCCCUGGUCAGGAAAAUUUUGGAGGAAGGCGUGGGCGGGUAGUAAUAAAUUCAGUUUUGAUCUUGCAGCCACGGUCUUCGAGUUAAUUUUACACUCUGCUUUUUUUUGUAGCCAUCUGUUGCGCAUUUCAUUUUCACAUGUCCAGCUUCACUGCUGCGGGUGCCGCUGCACGAGAACAAGCUACCGUGAAGAUGCGUAGCAGGAUCUAGCAAGACAAUUUGACUGUCAGCAUUAUUCGGCAGUAUGUAAUUAUUUUCAGGUGUGAAGCGAAGGCGCAGAUGCUUCAAACGCUUCUUGGUCUCUGGCGCGCGGAGCAAACGCAGCUGAUGGUGCGUAUGGCAUUGCUGGAACUGGUGCAAACGAUAGUGCAGCAGUACCAGAGCAACAAUCUACUGGACCACAAGUCUGACAACAGGAACAAGGGAGCAGCAAACAGUUCGGACGCCAGUGGCGACGACAAUGUCAUGAUUGAGCAGCUGUUGGAAGUCAGCCUGGUCAUGCUCGGGGACUGCUACCGCAAUCUCGACCCGGCCAAGGCAGACACGCCAACAACGACGAACAGUACCACGGGAGGGCCGGGAUCACUGCAGAGCGGAAAGAAGGAGCCGGGCGUGAAAUCCUCGGCGGUGCCGACGGUGAAAGAGUGUAAACUUUUGUUCUUGACUGUGCUGCGCUCCCCACUGUUGAACCGUCGCAGACAAGAGCAGUGGCUGCAGGCCCUGAUGCCGAUCUCGAGUGUCCUGGACCGGGACUUGUUUCUCGAGUUUUGCACGCUUUUCACUUUCUACGUCGAUUCCUCGCUGACGGUCGGCGCCAUCAUAAAUUCGCAAAUCACGGUCGCGCCCGUCCCGCCGGGUGAGAUGACCCCGACGAAGGCGCGCGCGUCCAGUUCGGAUUUGGUGAAUUUGCUGCCUCUCGGUCACGAGGAGUGGCGGUUUCAGCACAACGGAAGGUGGUUGACGAAGGUAGAGCUACUCGCCAUGAUUGCCAACGAGAACGCGCAGGAGCAGACGACGGUGGAGCUUCCCUGCGAUCGCGUGUUGAACGUGUUUGCGCAGAUGAACAACCCUGGAGGAACAAGUAACGUACCUGGCCGUGCACCAGCACACCAGCAUCAACAGACCAACUACGUGCUGCGCGCAACCUUCACACCGACCAUGAAACAACUCUGUGCACUGUACCUGAGGGAUUUGAUUCCCCAUGCGUUGCACCUGUGCGAGUCGAAAUCAGUGUUGCCGCACGCACGGAAAUUCUUCCAGGAAGCCACAUCGUGCAGCAGCCGUGAACCCUCGGUCGACAGCUCGCUGUCCGAAGCGGGGGGCGCGCCUACCCACCAGGGAUCUGCAGCAGCGAAAAUGAAUCUGUCCGCCGGCGCCGCGGCCGCAAAUUUUGCUGACGAUUUCACGGGCGGGAUGAAGCUUUUGCUCCUGGUUUACCCCUAUGCGAACUACCAUUUGUCAGUACGGCAGCAGAGUGGAGCAGGGUCUACUUUUUCGGCGUCGAGCCAAAGUCAAAGCGGGAAUGCUCUGCAAGUGCAGUUGCAGCAGAACCUCUCGGAGAACGUCUUCAUUCAGCCGAUCUGGCAGGAGUGGGCGAUGAGCAACCAGGCGCUGGUCGAGCAAAACAUCGAGGCGUACCAUGCGUCAGUCGGGAAACUGAACAAAGCUGCUGGAAGCGCCACGGCCGCGUCUGGAGGAGGAUCAAGCUCUUCCUCCUCCUCUUCUCGCCGAAAAUCGCAAAGCGGCGCGACGCAAGACCGGGGCAGGACCACAGGAGGUGGGGGGGAAAACAACAACUCCUCCUCUAUCAUGGACACGGCGAGCCCACCCGGAGGAUCUUCAAACCACGACGGUUCCAAGCAGCCGAUCGUGCGGCAAAUUCAACUUCCCAGCAGCUGGCUCCACAGUAACUUCCCCAUACAAGAAUUCCUUCUGCUAUGCCUCACCUGGCACAAGGCGAGCUUUUGUUCAGAAACCCGCCCCCGGUCGAACUCGGAUCCAAACAGUCCAGCGGGGCAAUUCGUUCAGGACACCUUCGUAAACCAGCUGCUCGGCCGAAACAGCAGCUACCAGCAGCCCGGAACAAAUGGACAGCUGCACCAAAUGAUGCUAAUAAAUGGAACGAAUCUUCUGGACCAUCACCAACCGCAGGCCUUUUUGUCGUUGAACCUGCUGUUGCUGAGUUUGCAGCUGCUCAAACCGCUCGUGCACGCGCGAGUGGUGCUGCUCCAGCUCUUGCUCGAACUUCUGCAGAAGCAGAAACUGCAGGCCGCCUGGAUCAAGCAGAACGAGGCCGCGAUGAGCCAGCAGCAGACCUCGUUCCAGACCGCCAGCGGCGCCGCAACGAACGUGUUCCUCAGCGAGUAUCUGGCGGAGUACUUUUUCCGUCACUUUUUCGAGCUCCUGCUGGAUUUUUUCCGUUCCGCACACUACGAGCACAACGACAGCCGGGCGACGUUUGAACAUUCGCUGCUGAAAAUGCUCAGGCACAGCACGGCGGCCGGCGGGAGCAAGCGCGGGAUGGUGCGGCUCCCGCGGUCGGAGAAGUACGACAGCCUGUGCCUCGUUCGCUACGGCGACUUCAGGCACUGCCACUUGAACCAAAACAACGCCGCGGCCGCCGCCGGGGCGGGGCUGAUGCAGCAGCCGCCGGGAGCACAGGGGAUUCUUGGGUCAUCAUCUUCAAACGAUGAAGCUAAUGGGCAGAGUCAGAUCGCAGAGCAAAUUCGCUUGAUGGUCCUUGAAGUGCUACCAGAGCCGGUGAUAUUCGCCUACGGGCCCGAGGAACUGCAGAAGAUUCUGGCGGGCACGAUCGACAACUAUUUGGCGUCCUCUGUGCUUUCCCCGGCUCCCAAUGUAAUGGUGCGCGGCGGUGCUGUCAACAUGACGAGUUCAAGCUUCUUCUCAUGAAGAGACAUGAUCGGCAGCACCCGCGCGCCUGACUAGUUUCACAGAAACCGUUGACACGAUGGUGCUACUUGACAACAUCAAUAGCGUGUGGUGCGAAUAUUGGUAUCACGGGAGCUGCAUCUUUCCGAGUGCGAAAUGUCGAACUUCUUCACCAUCGUGUUGCUGUUUGUCGUCAGGUAGUACUCUCAUGGACAUGGACAGCUCUGUAUUAGGCUAGUGAGCCGGAGCUCCUUCUUCCUUUUUCUUCGAAUAUUUUGGUCAAUAGCGACAGGGACAGCAUUGGUGCUGUUGAUUGACGACACGACUCCUACUCCAAGCAAAAAAAGUGCGAAUAAAUUCUUGUAAGCGAAAGCGACACCAAACGACAUUAAAAUGACGACAAUAGCAACGUGUAACCACUUAUAUGAUCUUUUGUAUGCGACCGCGAAGAACAACAGGAUGUGCCGAAUCCGCAUGGCUUUUGACUGUGCCAAAAGUGUGCCCUCACGCUUCGUCGACGCAUACAAUUUUCGGCUGGUGUGUGCACUGAUUUUCUUUACAAAAGAUUUUGGCGACGCAAAAAUGAAAGUGAAUUGAUACCGAUGAAAAUCUUUUUACGUCUGUCCUCCUCGAU